CAUGUGUGCAGGGCGGGUGGUUCAUAUGGGGGGUCAGGGAGGCGGUAAAGGAUUCCUGAGAGACUGGCUAUAUAUGCUGGGAGUUGUAGUUUUGCAACAGCUGCAGGCAUCCUGGUUUGGAAACACUGGGCUAUAUAUUGGGGGGCACAGCAGCAUAUGUCACGCUUUCCACAAUGCUUCCAUAUCCCCACUGUCUAUAAAGAAGCAGGUCAUGUGUAAUAGCGGGCACGAGUAGUGCUCGGGUCAUUCUGUGCAGCAGGGGGCGCUCACAAUAUCGCAGCUUGUAAGUGCGUGAGGGCGCCUGCACCCAGUGAGAGUAACCGCAGAGUGGGAGCUAGCACCGCGCAUCAUGGCCACAGCUGGGAAGGUAAUAACAUGCAAGGCUGCAGUUGCCUGGGAGGCAGGAAAGCCACUGACUAUUGAAGAAGUAGAGGUGGCACCGCCCAAAGCUCAUGAAGUGCGCAUUAAGAUCGUGUCCACAGCCGUGUGUCACACUGAUGCCUAUACUUUAAGUGGUGCCGACCCCGAAGGAUGUUUCCCAGUGAUUCUUGGCCAUGAAGGAGCUGGCAUUGUGGAAAGCGUGGGUGAAGGUGUUACAAGAGUUAAAGCUGGAGACAGAGUUAUUCCUCUUUAUAUUCCCCAGUGUGGGGAAUGCAAAUUUUGUGUGAACCCCAAAACCAACUUAUGUCAAAAGAUCAGGAUUACUCAGGGUCGUGGGUUUAUGCCCGAUGGUACCAGCAGGUUUACCUGCAAAGGAAAGCAGAUUUUCCACUUCAUGGGCACCAGCACCUUUUCUGAAUACACAGUUGUUGCUGACAUCUCUGUUGCUAAAAUAGAGGACUCUGCUCCUCUGGACAAAGUCUGCCUGCUGGGCUGUGGCGUUUCAACUGGAUAUGGAGCAGCGCUGAACACUGCCAAGGUGGAGCCAGGUUCUACGUGUGCAGUCUUUGGUUUAGGAGGUGUCGGCCUAGCUGUUAUCAUGGGAUGCAAAGUGGCUGGUGCCAAGCGCAUUAUCGGAAUUGACCUUAACAAGGAAAAGUUUGAAAAGGCCAAAGAGUUUGGAGCUACUGAAUGCAUCAGUCCCUCAGACUCCAACAAGCCAAUCCAGGAAGUGCUGGUCGAACUGACGGAUGGAGGCGUGGACUAUUCCUUUGAGUGUAUAGGGAAUGUUGGCGUUAUGAGAGCUGCAUUGGAAGCUUGUCACAAAGGCUGGGGUGUAAGUGUCAUUGUAGGAGUAGCGGCAUCUGGACAAGAAAUUGCAACUCGGCCAUUUCAGCUUGUGACUGGGCGCACAUGGAAAGGAACUGCUUUUGGAGGUUGGAAGAGUGUAGACAGUGUCCCCAAGCUGGUUUCUGAAUAUAUGGCAAAAAAAAUAAAAGUUGAUGAGUUUGUGACUCACACUUUGCCCUUCUGUUCAAUAAAUGAAGCUUUUGAACUGAUGCAUUCUGGAAAGAGCAUUCGUAGUGUUCUGAACUAUUGAAGGAUCCUGGAAAAAACAAGGCCACACUAGAGUUAUAGCAUUUGUUGGAGACAACAUUUUUAGAUUUAUCAAAGAAACUUGUUUAGUCUUCAUAACCUUCCUAACAGCUUAUUUUCCAGGCUGAUAUUUCUAAUAAAUAUUUUUGUUCUGUU